AUGAAUCAAAACAUGCAGCCAACAUUGCAGGGGAAGCCACAGCCCGCCCCACUAUUUCUCAGCGACUAUCCUAAAAAUGCAAACUCUUCAAUUUCUAGCGGCCAAGAUUCAUUGCAUCCGACCGACGAUGUCCUACCCCCUGCACAUACCAACAGAACAUUGGUGCUGUGUUUUGAUGGAACCGGUGAUCAGUUUGAUUCUGAUAACUCUAACAUCGUCCAGCUAUUCAGCAUGCUCGUCAAGGAUAAUCCCGCUUUGCAGAUGGUUUACUAUCAGGCUGGUAUAGGAACAUACACUAUACCGGAAAUGGCCACACCCAGGAUGGCUAAGGUUUCCAAGACUGUUGACAUGAUGGUUGGGACUCAUCUCAACGCCCAUGUAAUGGGAGGAUACGAAUUUCUCAUGCAGAAUUAUGAUGCUGGUGAUAAGAUCUGUAUAUUCGGCUUUUCGAGAGGCGCAUAUACAGCGCGCGCGCUUGCUGGAAUGAUUCACAAAGUCGGACUUUUGCCUCGCUGCAAUCAUCAACAGGUUCCCUUUGCCUACAAUAUGUACAGCCGUGAUGAUGCAGAAGGCUGGGCGCUGAGCUCUAAAUUUAAGAAGGCUUUCUCUAUUAAUGUGGACGUCGAAUUUGUCGGUGUUUGGGAUACCGUUAGUUCGGUGGGAAUCAUUCCUAAACGACUGCCCUUUACGAAGGCGAACAGCAGUAUCAGGUACUUCCGUCAUGCAAUUUCUCUCGACGAACACCGGGUGCGCUUCAAACCAAAUCCUUGGAUACGCCCGACCGAAGAGCAUAAGGCAUGCGGUGUUAAACGUGAACACAUGCCUCGCAGCUUCAAGAGGGUUCUCCCGAAACGGCAUGAACCCGAAAACACAAACACCCCAGACAGCGAAGCAACGAAGAAGUCACAUCACCAUCACGAGUGUCAGGAUCAGAUGGAACAAAUGUUCGCAGUUAGCGACUCAGCACCCAUCAAGGAGACGGACGUCCAAGAGGUUUGGUUUGCUGGGUGUCAUUGCGACGUCGGCGGAGGGUCCGUCCAGAACGGUACCCGCAAUAGUCUGGCCCGCAUUCCGCUUAGGUGGAUGAUUCGAGAAUUGUUCAAGCUUCAAAUCGGCAUCCUCUUCCACCGGAACAUGUUCACGAAAAUCGGCAUAGAUCCCAAGACUCUCUACCCUGUAUCCGCAGCUAUGCAGCCUCGGCCUCCUCCAGUAUACCAAUCUCCGCCGGCCCCAUCUUCUGGCGCGCAGAAACUGACGAUAAAGGACCGUGCGACGCCACCGCCUAAAGUUAUUACUGAUGAUCCUGCGAUGAUCGUCUAUAGUGACGGUUCUGCAUUCGUGAGCGAGGAACUCGAGGACUUGGCUGACGCUACCAGCCCCAUGUAUGAUCAGCUCCGUCUCGCACCUGUAUGGUGGCUUUUGGAGAUCAUUCCACAGAUGCUUCACUACCAGGAUGACGAGAAUAACUCUUUGGUUCACCAUUACACGGUUAACAUGGGUCGUGGCCGGCACAUCGCGCGCCAAAACAACAUUGGCGUCAAAUUCCAUAGGAGUGUCAAGAUUCGCAUGGAGGCCGAUAAUCUCGCAGGUGGAAAAUACUGGCCCAAGGCGAAACUAAAAGUGGAACCUGAAUGGGUUGACUGA